UUAGCAGUUCACAAAGCCAGAGUACCCUCGACCACUCGCACCAAAUCAUCGAGAGAUUGAUGUUACGCGAUAUUUUAAUUUUUUUAUACCGAUGUACAACAAAACACCAGUGAAAACGAGCAUGUGAUUUGAUACUAAGUGAUAAUUCGUAAAGUGAGUAGUGUUUUCCACAUUUCAUCAUGUACAAAACAGUGCGUCAUGGCGAAAAUAGUCUUCAAUACACCAUUCUUCCGCAAACCGAGGAAGUUUUAAGCAACAGUGGACUUAAGGGAAAAGGUCGUGAUUACAGCCCGUCGAUUCAUGUGCGACGCUCAAGGAGGAGAUCGACUUUAAAAUAUGUUUUAAUGAUCAUUUUUGGAACAAUCGUCGCCCUGGCACUCGCUUCCGUUCCUCUUUAUGUCAUGAAUGGUGCUUUAUUUGCUCGAAGAUUGCAGUUCGAUCACCACGACACCACAAGUGCGCCUCUUUCACCGGGAGGAAGAGAGAUCAUUCGAUCUCGGAAAAAGGAACUUAAAAUGUCACCAGAAAUUAUCACUAUUAAACCUAAAGAAGAAAUUAGUACUACAAUUUCCAGUACAACUCCAUCAACAACAACUACUACUCAAAUUCCUAGCACCGUAACGAGUGAAAAAGUAACGACACCACCUUGGACUAUGCCUGCUUUAAGAUCUUGGAAGACAUCAGCUUCAUCUACCUUACUUCCACAAUUACCAACGGAGGAUAUAGAACGAAUCGCAUUAAUCGGUACACCUUCGGGCAGUGUGCGCCUGUUAGAUCAUUACAUGUCUAUGAAACCAUGGGAUAAAGACAUCAUUAUAAGACCCACAGUCACAUCAGAGCCCAUAACAAUCCGCAACGUUUUCAACUAUUAUUCUCGUGCCUUUAAUCCUACAGAGAAAAUUGUAACAGACAGUGUCAAAGUAUUCGAUGACGUAUUGAUUACAACGAAAGCUACACCAAUAAAGACAUCAACCACGUAUGACAUAACUAGCACAAGUGAACGAUCUAAAUUUAAAGACUUGAAAGAUACGUUACUAUCUGUAGACGACGACGAUGAAUUUAAAGAAUCAUUAGAAGUGGAUGAGGUAUUUUCCCUACCGCCAUUAAAGCCAGAUUCUGCUGUGCCAAGCUCAGAUUCCGACGAAGUAACGGUGUCGAAGGCGACCGAUAACGGAUGGUACGGAGCGAGGUGGCCUUUCGUCGAUUCGUCAACUUACUUCCAAUGGCCAGUUAAUGGACCUGGCGAUAGCUUAUUACUACCACUGCUGACUGCUGCCUUGUCGUCUAUGACAUUUGUGUUACUACUUGCUCUUGCGAUAAAGUUACGAAAAAGAAGCAGCCAUUCCUCUGCUCAACUUGGGAAGUUAACCGCCGAAUUACAGACAGAUGACAACACUAAUUUAUUGCAAGCCGAAAAUCCUGAAGAGGCAGAGGAGUGAGCCGACUGGAAUUGCUUUUUUAUUUAAUUUAAGUCCUAUGCACAUAUUAAGGAAUUCUAAAAGAUAAUCUCAACAUUGAAAUAAUAUAAAAUAAUGCAGUAUUUAUUCCCAAUAGGUAAAAAUCAAUCAUGAAAACUAGUAUUAUAAAAUUAUUACUCAUAUCCAUGUAACCGUUAAUUAAUAUUGUCAAUAAUUACAUGAUUACGUUUCGAGUAUGCAAACGUGCGACCUUUCCUCAAUUGUGCAUAAGACGUGAAACACCUUGUAAUAAUUUUGUCGCUGUGUUAAAGGUACUGACAACUGUUCUCGUCUUACCGAACCGUAUAUUACUUACUUGAGCCUAUUGUUUGUAUUUAAAAACGACAGAUGUUUCCGAAGUAAAAAAAAUGUGCUCAUAAAUUGAUUUAGACUGAAAAUUGAAUGCCAAAUUAUCUAUUAUAUCUGGCAUUUACUAACAUUUAAAAAUUUCCCUCUGUGUAACAUACCUAAACAUGAAUAUUCCUAUUGUUUUCAAUCUCCUCUCCCAAACUAACCAAUACUUAUAUUAGAACUAUUAUAGCGUUCAUGAGCUUUUAGACACUAACAUUCUAAAUGAAUCUUCGUUCAUACAUCCCUCAUAUCUCGUAAAGCUAAUUGAUAUCUUGUCAGUAUUAAUAAAUUAAUGUGAAUGUUUAUUUUUAAUAUAAUCGAUAUUAGGGUAAGAUUGGCGUUGCUCUACUUAUACUAAAAUCAUUAAUAGUCCUUGUUCCAAUGCCCGAUAAACAAACGAACAAUUAGAAAAACUUUUAUUAUUUAAUACAAAUAGCGGUAUUAAUGAUAUCCUUUUUUAUUAAAUAUUCUAAGCAUUGCGAACAAGCGCUAUAUUCUGCUUUAAGUUGUAUUUAUGAUUUUAUUAUUAAUAGAUAUAAGACUGAUGUAGGGUUUGGUUACGUUCGAUACGUUACACAUAUUUUUAUAAAAGGCACAUUUAUUUUCUUGUGUGCUUCGGUGUUAGUUAUAAGGGGUGUAUUAUCAUACUAUACAAUACAUGUAUAGCAAGAGUGGGCGUUAACGUUAUAUCUUGGAUAAAGGCGAGUAUAGGAAUUGCAGGGCACUAUUUUAAAUCGUGAUAAUCGAACACCAAACAUUAUAUAACACGCUAGCGAUAGAAUUGACAAUCACGGAAUCAUCAUGCUAGCGAAAUUUUAUAUCAUAUUAUAUUAUAUCGCACAGGAAUAUAUCGAUACCUAGCUGUUUAUUUUGAACCGGCUUUUGUGUCCAAUAGUUUGUCGGAACCGUAUAUUUAUUUUUUGCUAAACACUAUGUACAUAAAUAAUGAUAUAAUAAAUUAUGU